UGAGUACAGUAAUAAUAUUAAUAAUGAAAAAAUUUCAAAAACUAUCCGGAUCUUUAAAAAUGGACAUCUCAGACCUUUGGGAUGAUAGUGAUCUAACUGUGAACGAGGAAACUUCUAAUAAUAUGCCUCGUCAGUCUUUGAAUAAAACCAGACAGUUUAAAAACACUAUGAAAAAUAACAAGGGGAAGGUCAAGUCAGAGGACCUAUCCGAUUAUGUACUAGAUAAAGACCUUCACCAGCAUUCCUCAUCCUUCAGCAUGCAAAUAGAUUGCUUUGUUAAAGAACUAAAGAUCAAUUGCGACCAAGAACAGAGUUCAAAGAAACUCUCAAAAUCCUCAACCAUCAAUGCAAACACUCAUAAGACCGCUUGAACCGCAUGUGAAGGAGCUAAAAUUUUGUCCACUCUGAGAAGAAUCUCUUCAGACAAAUUACUCAAAGUGAUUCUAUAAACACUGCAAAUACUCAAACGGGGCUCUUCAUCAGCCUUCUAAUAUAAAUAUAUUAUUAAAAAUUG